AUGUUUUUCCUCCAAUCGGAUCUUCGAUCUGCAAUUCAAAUUGCUGCUACCUUUUGCUAUUUGAACCCCAGUCGCUACGAAUCGCCCUUCCCCAGACCCGUUUCCGUUCGUACGCCGCCCCGGCUGAGACCGCCCCAUGCGGCGGCCGUAGAGAGAAUAUCUCACAAGCCUCCGAUCUGUACUGCUGAUGAACUUCAUUACGUUUCAAUUCAUAACUCCGACUGGCGACUCGCUCUCUGGCGUUACAAGCCUCCUCCUAAGGCACCUUCAAGAAAUCAUCCAUUAUUGCUUUUGAGUGGUGUUGGAACAAAUGCAAUUGGAUAUGAUCUUGCUCCUGGGGCACCAAAGGUUUUGUGCAUCUUUGUAAUGCUUCUUAACGAUCACAUUUGGUUUGCCAAAUUUAUACUUGUAGUGAAUUACAUAAAUGGUCCCUGGACUAUUCUUACAACUCACUUUUCAUCCCUGAACUAA